CGGUUGAUCGCCGGGGUGAAGCGAGGACGGGGAGGGGAAGACGAGAGAUGAGCCGUCAUAGGAGCGGCGGCACGGCGACGAGCCGCCGGACCAGGCGGGGCGAGCAGCUGCCGGCGCUCGCCGCGACGGCGGCGGGGAGCGUCGUGACGAACUCGAACCCGAUCUUUAUCUGCGAGGACGGCUCGGCGCCGGCGCGGCGGCUGAUCAAACCGGGCGGCGGCGGCUACGGGCCGGGGUCGCUGCACGCGCUCGUGCGCGGCGGCGGCGGCGUGCCGGACGACGACGCCGCCGCCGCCGGUGAGGACGACGGUGGCAAGCGGCUGCCAUUGCCCUUGCCGCUGCCCCCGAGCAGGGCCCACGGCGAGGGGCGAUGUGGGGCCCGGAUCCCGGCCUGGCACGAUGGCCCCACCAUCGUGGUGGGCCCGCACGGCGCGGUCCUGAGGAUGCGCGCGCCGCCGCCACGGCAGCAUGACCCGUUCCUGGCCGCCUACGUGGCCUGCACCAAAGGCCGCGCCGGCGCCGGCGCCGGCGGCAAGUGCUCCGGGCAGCCAAGCAAGAAGAAGACGAAGAAGAAACCCAAGGCGGGCGCGCGCAGAGGAUGCGGCAUGUGGGAUGGGUGGGCGGCGUCCGGGGUGAUGUCGUGCCGGCACGGCAGCGCCGUCACCGUGCUGCAGGGCGCCGCUCCUCUUCCCGGUGCCGCCGCCGGCGCCGCCGCGGAGUCGCCGGCGCACCCCACACUGGACCUGACCCGCCUGCCGGCGGUGCUGCCGGGGCGGAGACGGCCGCCGCACUACUGACGAUCGCGUCGUGUUGUAAUCGUACGUGGUGCGUGCGUGCCCAUUGUUGUGAACUUGUGAUACCUACCAGUGUUGCCACGUGUAAUUCAGGGGCAUGUUCGGUUGUGUACCUACCAAUUCUUGAGAGUGUCAAAAUUUGGCUAAAUUUUGAUACUACUAAUUUAUAUUGGUAGGUUAUAGUUGUAUUUGAAAAAAAUACUAAUAAUAUGGAGCCAAAUUUUAAACAGGGUGAAAAAAAUUAUAGAAUUACACCAAACUGAU